GACCCCUCGCCUGCACUGAGCUGCAGCUGGCUCAGGGGUGAGUCUCUGCACUGGGCUCUUUAGCUCCGUGCCCUGGCAUGGGCGGGGUUAACUGCGGAGCAGCCUGUCUAGCCUGAGUCUCUAUGGCUCAACACGUGAGGCCCAGCUGGCACAGCCCGGCCCUCUCCAGCGAUCAGCCGGGUCUGCCCCAUCCAGCCCAGACGCUCCCCCUGCUCCCCGUCUGUCCCUCUCUCCAGCCCCCAGACACCCCCCAUCUCUCUCUGUUACCCUCCCCCCGACAAAGGGGACCCGAUGUGCCACCUCCCUGGGCUGGUUGUGUUUGACCUGGAUUACACCCUGUGGCCCUUCUGGGUUGACACCCACGUGGACCCCCCCUUCCAGCGGGGCAGGGCUGGCUCGGUGCUGGAUGCCCGCGGCCGCCCCGUCCGGCUGUACCCCGAGGUGCUGGCUGUGCUGGAGCGACUGCAGGGCCUGGGCGUCCCCAUGGCAGCCGCCUCCCGGACAGGUGAGACCCGCGGCGCCACCCAGCUGCUGGAGCUCUUCGGCUUGCACAGCUUCCUGCACCGGGUGGAGAUCUACCCUGGGGGGAAGAGCGCCCACUUCCACAGGCUGCAGCAGGACACCGGGGUCCCCUUCGCCCAGAUGCUGUUCUUCGACGACGAGGAGCGCAACAUCCGGGAUGUCAGCAAGCUAGGUGUCACCUGCGUCCUGGUCCCCAAUGGAAUGACCCAGGCGCUCCUCACCCAGGGGCUGGAGGCCUUCGCUCGCUCCUGCCCCCCCGCACCGGUGCCCCACACUGCGCCUCCCCAAGGGGCAGAAUAAACUCCAGAGUGACUGA